AUGUCGGCCUUAUCAAGAGGCCUCAUUUCUCGCCUUCGCCUUCUCUCCCUUAACCCCACCACCACCUCUUCUGCUGCUGCUGCUGCUAAUGCUAAUGCUACGACGUCGUUUACGCAAACUCAGUACCAUUUCUACAGAUGGUUCAGCUCCGAGGCCUUGGUUGAUGCGGCUGAGGUCGCCGAGGAGCGGAGCCGCGUCAUCGAAGCCAAGCCUGGGGCGAUGAGCCCAAGCUCAAAGAGGACUGGGCUCGUAGCCGUCAAGUGUGGGAUGACUGCGCGCUGGGACAAAUGGGGUGCUAGGGUUCCCAUCACUGUGCUUUGGGUCGAUGAUAAUAUCGUCUCUCAGGUCAAGACCCCCGAGAAAGAGGGCUUCCCUGCUCUACAGAUUGGUUGCGGACAGAAGAAAGCAAAACAUUUGACAAAGUCUGAGGUCGGUCAUUUCAGAGCUCAAGGUGUUCCACUUAAGAGGAAACUGAAGGAGUUUCCUGUAACAAAGGAUGCACUUCUCCCUGUCGGUAUGUCAAUUGGUGUUCGCCAUUUUGUUCCAGGCCAAUAUGUUGAUGUCACAGGAAUUACGAGAGGGAAAGGUUUCCAGGGCGGGAUGAAAAGGCAUGGUUUUAAAGGAAUGCCAGCAUCUCAUGGUGCAUCCUUGUCACACCGAAGUAUUGGUUCUACAGGUCAGAGGGAUGCUCCUGGAAAGGUAUUUAAAGGCAAAAAGAUGGCUGGGCGCAUGGGUGGGAAACAGAGGACAGUAAAAAAUGUAUGGGUCUACAAAAUUGAUCCUGCAAGGAAUUUGAUGUGGGUGAGAGGCCAAGUCCCAGGUGCUGAAGGGAACUUUGUGUUCAUAAGAGAUGCUUUCUACAAGAAACCUGAUAUUUCAUUGCUACCAUUUCCAACUUACUUUGCUCCGGAGGACGAGGAUGCAACCAAGUUAGAACCACUGGUUGCUGAUCUUGGAGAGGUAGAUCCAUUCAUGGUGGCAGAUUAA